CUAUUCAUCCAACCAUCCAUCCCUUGCAUGACAUUGGCUUCAGUUAGCAGAGACAGUGCCUCUUCUCACUGUGAAUGACAGUUUUCUUGAAGAUAGCUGACAUCCUCCCAGGGCUUGCUGUGUACCCUGCACAAAAUUAUUUUCAUAUAUCAAAUGAAUCAAUGUAUUAAAAAGCACUUAAAACACUGCCUGGCACAUAAGGCUCAACUAAUGCACAUAGGAAGUGCUGUUAUCGUGAAAUCUUCCCAACAGCACUUUGAUGUGAGUAGUGUUAUGACCCCAUUUUGCAGAUGGGGAAACUGGGACACAGUCAGGUAAGUUGUCAAUAGUUACAUGUCUAAGGUCACAUGGUGGGUAAGUGUCCGGGUAGAGAUUCGAACCCAGAAAAGGUGCCUUUGCCUUCGUGCGUGAUUCUUACUAAAUGUAUCCGUCUCUCCUCCUUCUCUGCUGUGAGAGUGUGUGACAUUCACUCCAACUUUGACAUGUCGGGGUCCUUUACAUGCUCACUUAGCACAGCUGACCCUGCCAGAGAGUUCUUGGCUCAAUGAGUCGACGCCACACCCUGACCUUUCAGAGCACGCCUUGAGAGCCUGCCCGGGAGAGACUCGAGGGGCAGCUUUCUGGGGAUUGACACCCAGCUAGUGCCAGGCUGAGGCAGGGAAACUGAGAGCUCUUCUGCAUUCUCAGGAGUGACCAGAAAGGGACAGUAAGAAGGGCUGAGGAAGCCCAAAUGCACCUUGGGAAUACCCCAGAGACAGUCCAACGUACCUACUCUCCCUCCUUCCAUGACCCCUCCUCUUACAAGAGACACAGCAACCACCUGCCCCCUUAUCUUCCAUCCCAUUCCAACCUCUCUGGUCACUCCCUGAGCAGAAAUCUCUCGUACCCUCAAACUAACGGGUGAAAAGCCAGAGCGAGGAUUUGGCUCCUUCUGUCAAGAUGUUGGGCUGGAUCCCUCAGGACCUGCUGCCUGUUUUCCUUGCAGAAUCAGUGAGGGUGAUUUAGCAGGACCAUGUCAGACAGGAAUAGGUUACCUGCUGACUCCCUAGGUGUGGUCAUCUUCAUGGCGGAGCUCAGGAUGUCUAAGCCCCUUACAGGUGGGUUGAUAGGGUAGGUCAAGGCCCAGUCUUGGACGAACGUCAUCUUUGGCUUACCCUGAUGUGAGUGGAGAGUAUAUUGAGGCAUUUGGGGCAGGAAAGUGACUGGAACAUAUCUGUACUUUCUAACGAUAAAAUUUGAGUCAGUCUGAGGGAGACAGAUAAAUCAUCUCAGCAUGGGCAUGGGCAUCCAGUAGGCCCUCCACAAAUGCUGGUUGAAUCAAUGAAGGUGAAUGGACUAGAGAAAGGUGGGGCCAGGGUAGGGAGAUCAGCUGGGAGGCCCCUGGAGAAGACCAAGUUCAAGAGAAGGAAGGCCUAACCUGGCAAAAUGGUGGUGGGAAUAAAAGGAAAGACGACCUUGGAGAUAGGUUGGAUCUAAGAGGUGAGGAGAAGGAAUAAUCAAAGAUGACAAGCUAAUUUCCAGCACAGUUGAAGGGGAGCACGGUGACGUUGUUGACUGAAAUGGAGGAGAGGGUCUGUGUUGAGCAUGGGGUGGUGGGCUGGGGUAUCCAGGAGGCGUUGACAAUGUUGGUGUAGAGGUUAAGGCUGGGGUUGUCAGGGCUGAUCAGCCCUGGAGAGGUGGAUUUGGGGUCCUCUUCCUGGAGAGCUCUCAGAGUACAUGAGGUCCUUUAGUGGGAAAAGAUAGAGUAAGAAGAGGGCUGAGACAGUGCUUGGGAGAGCAGCCAUACGUAUGGUCCCGAGAGAGGAGAAAAGUCAGUGAAGGAGACGGGGCGGGGGUCUAGAAAGGAGGAGAAUAGACAGCGCCAGGAGGCGAAAACCAGGGAUGGAGACCAAGAAGAUGAGGGCUUUUCACUGUUUUGAUGCAGGUCUGCCUGUGAGGCUGGUGAAUGGAGGCGACCGCUGUCAGGGCCGGGUGGAGGUCCUGUACCAAGGCUACUGGGGCACGGUGUGUGAUGACAGCUGGGAUGCCCAGGAUGCAGAUGUCAUCUGUCGGCAGCUCGGCUGUGGCCUUUCAGUGUCAGCCCUGGGUGGGGCCCACUUUGGUCAGGGCUCAGGGAAUAUUCUCCUGGGCGCAGUGUACUGCUCGGGAUGGGAGCCUUACCUGUCAAGCUGCCCCCACAGCGGGUGGUACAACCAUGAAUGUGGCCACAGAGAAGACGCUGGAGUUGUGUGCUCAGGUUCUUUGAUUUCUACAGAGGUACCCCUGACAGCUACUGUGGAAGGGACCGAAUCGGGUUUGGCCCUGAGGCUGGUGAACGGAGGGGGCCGUUGUCAGGGCCGGGUGGAGGUCCUGUACCGAGGCUCGUGGGGCACCGUGUGUGAUGACAGCUGGGACAUCAAUGACGCCAACGUGGUGUGCAGGCAGCUCGACUGUGGCCGAGCUCUGUCAGCGCCAGGAAAUGCCCGUUUCGGUCAGGGCUCGGGGCCGAUCGUCCUGGAUGACGUGCGCUGCUCAGGAUAUGAGUCCUACCUGUGGAGCUGCGCCCACAACGGCUGGAACAGCCACAACUGCGGACAUGGGGAAGAUGCCAGCGUCAUCUGCUCAGUUUCUGAAUCAGAUCUUCUCACAACACCUGGUCCAUGGAACCCCCAGACUACCGCCUAUGAGACCGAAUCGGGUUUGGCCCUGAGGCUGGUGAACGGAGGUGACCGGUGUCAGGGCCGGGUGGAGGUCCUGUACCGAGGCUCGUGGGGCACCGUGUGCGACGACGACUGGGACACCAACGAUGCCAACGUGGUGUGCCGGCAGCUGGGCUGUGGCUGGGCCACGUCGGCCCCGGGAAGUGCCCGCUUCGGUCAGGGCUCGGGGCCGAUUGUCCUGGACAACGUGCGCUGCUCAGGCCAGGAGUCCUACCUGUGGAGCUGCGCCCACAACGGCUGGAACAGCCACAACUGUGGUCACCACGAGGAUGCCGGUGUCGUCUGCUCAGCUGCUCAGCCCCAGACCACAGCCCUGCCGACCCUGUGGCCCGUAGGAACAACCCGAGAUGUGGCAUCGCCAAUGGGUCAGUCUUCCGGUCCGCACGCCCCGGGACUCCCUCUCCGCCUCGGGGUCCAUUUUGGUUGUGAGGGCGAUCGGAGGAGGUCCAGGGUGCGCCCUUGCUUCUCCUUGGCUACGUGGGUGGGGUGCAACCUCCUCCCCGAACCCAACACAAUGACAAUGUCCCUCCCUCUCUCCUCUCUAGGACCCUUUUCAAAUUGUGGUGGCUUCUUAUUCCAUGCCAGUGGGACAUUUUCCAGCCCGUCCUAUCCUGGAUAUUACCCCAACAACGCGGAGUGUGUCUGGGAGAUAGACGUGAACUCUAGCUAUCGCAUAAACCUGGGCUUCAACCAUCUGCAGCUGGAGAUACACAGUAAUUGCAAUUAUGAUUAUGUUGAAAUCUUUGAUGGAUCACUCAAUAGCAAUAAUUUGCUGGGGAAAAUUUGUAAUGGCACCAGGCAAAUAUUCACAUCUUCUUCCAACCGAAUGAUUGUUCGAUUCCGAAGUGAUGUCACUGUCCAAAACACCGGCUUUUCUGCUUGGUAUAACUCCUUUCCAAGAGACGCCAGCUUGAGAUUAGUCAACUUCAACUCCUCCUCUGGUGCAUGUGCCGGGCGUGUGGAAAUUUACCAUGGUGGCAACUGGGGGACAGUUUGUGAUGAUUCCUGGGACAUUCAGGAUGCCCAGGUGGUCUGCAGACAGCUGGGGUGCGGUGAUGCAGUAUCAGCCCUGGGAAACGCCUAUUUUGGCUCUGGCUCUGGCCCCAUCACCCUGGACGACGUGGUGUGCUCAGGAACGGAAUCUACUCUCUGGCAGUGCCGGAACCGAGGCUGGUUCUCCCAUAAUUGCGCCCACCACGAAGAUGCUGGAGUCAUUUGCUCAGGACACUAUACAACGACCCCUGCUCCUGUUUACAACAUCACCCUUCCAACCACAAAUUAUUCCUGCGGAGGCUUCCUGUCCCAACCUUCAGGGCACUUUUCCAGCCCAUCCUACCCUGGGAACUAUCCGAACAACGCCAAAUGUGUCUGGGACAUUGAAGUCCAAAACAACUACCGUGUGACUGUCGUCUUCAGAGACGUCCAGUGAGUGCGGGUGCAAAGCAGAUCAUGGGGGAC